AUGUCCACGCCACCAGCUCCUGUUCCGCCGGCCGGGUCCUCCUCUCCAGCGCCAGACGCAUCCCACUCAUUUCUGGUGCCGCCAGGAUCGUCGUCGGCCGCGGCAACCGGGCCGUCCACCGCACUGGCUUCCAGCCCUCCUGGUCUUUCUAGUGCCAGUGCGCCGGCCGUGGAGUCGUUGUGCGCGUCGUUGACUCGGUCGGCCUCGGAGUGCGCCUUGUUGUCGGCCAGCCUGGACAGUGCUCGGGCGGCCGUCCAAUCCACCCUGGUCACUCUCCGUGCCGUCCACGAAUUUGUCUCGGCCAAAGAGGCCGCCGAGAAGCUCCUGGCCCGAGUGCAGGCCGACCUGGUGGAGCGCGAGACCGACCUGGUCGUCGAGCGCAACUCCCGUGUUGCGGCAGAGGCGUACGUGGCCGCCCUCCGGGACCAGCUGGACAGUGAGACUCGUCGCGCGGCGGAGACCAUUGGUCAACUGCGUGGCGAACUGUCGACGCGACGGAGGCCUCCCUUCGGGCAUUCAUCGCGUCUCUGA